AUGGCGACUGCCGCGGGUCAUCAACAGGGCCUAGCAGAGGCUGCAUCUGACCAGGGCAAACCAGCAAGCCUUGGCAAUGCGAAGCCCCUGGGGGACGGAGGCGUGCCGCGCAGCAGCCCGACGCACGCUUCUGGCUCGGGCCUGGGCUUGAAGAAGCCCACCAAGCCCAAGAAACCUCCCGGCGGUUUCGACAAGACGCCUCUCCCCCACGCUCCGCCCGGAUACACCGUUCGGUUCGGCUUUCGCUACGUCGCCAACCUCUCCCCGGGAGACCUGAGCACCGUCUCUUCCGACGCCUUCCUGACGGCCACUCUCAAGGCGUCAAAUCCAAAGAGACAUAAAGAGGACCCAGACCUGGUCCAUAGAACGCGGACCGUGCGGCGAAGCCUCGAUCCGGAAUGGAACGACGAGUGGGUUGUGGCAAACGUUCCCCCUUCGGGCUUCACCUUGAAGUGUCGCAUGUAUGACGAGGACUCGCCGGACAAGGACGACCGCCUGGGCAACGUCACUGUCAGAGUUGCCCAGCUCUCCGAGCAGUGGGAGGGAAUCCCCCCCCCAGGCAAGGAGUUUGAGGCCAAGAAACGAAUGAUUAGCAAGCGGGCUUUCCUGCUAAAGGGGGUCAUCAGCUGCCUGCACCCUCGCUCUUGCGCUCAUCUCACUCCACGGCUGUGCUUGACCAUGGAAGUCUUGGGCAAAUCAGAUCCGCCACAUGCCCAAAUGUAUACCCUGGGACCUACCACUUGGACAAAGCACUUUAGCCCCAUGAUUGGCCGGUUGACGGGCACCAAGGUCUAUGAGAAUGCGGAAGACGACCAAAAGGAGCCAUCGCAAGAGAAAGAGCCAGCCGACGAGGACAAGGACAAGGACGAGGAUAAGGAUAAGGAUAAGGAUAAGGACAAGGACAAGGACAAGGACAAUGACAAGGACAAGGACAAGGCGAAGAGCAAGAGUCAAAAAUACGACUUCCAGGCAAACGAGAUGCAGCUGCAGGGCCCGGUACCGCCAGAGCUCUACCAUCGGUACGUUGAGUUCCGGCCCAUCAUCGGCUCCAUGUUCCUGUCCAAGGGGCUCCGGGGCAAAAUCCUCAACAUGGCGCUUCACAAGCAGCACAAUCGCAUAUACAACUUUGACCAGUCCACGGAAUGGGGAGAAUUCGAGCCCUGCUCCGAACAAGCGGCUCUUUCCUUUCUCAGGCUUGCUCACUUUGACGAGGGCGGCAGGCUGUUCACCUACGUGCUGACCCUGGAUGGAGUAUUCCGAUUCACCGAAACCGGCAAGGAGUUCGGCAUCGAUCUUCUGAGCAAGCACACCAUGCAUUCCAACGUGGCGACGUAUAUUGCCUGCUCCGGGGAGUUUUUUGUCCGGAGGCUCCAACGGCCCGACAGCUGCGACAGUCCGGAACCCAAGCAAAAGGUGCACCCGACAGACGAAAUCUCUGGCGGACCGCCCGAGGAGGCGCCUCCUCCCGACCCGGCACACUAUCAGCUGGUGAUUGACAACGACUCGGGGACGUACCGGCCUGACAAAUCCAUCCUGCCCAAGUUGAAGAGCUACCUGGAGAAGAACUUGCCCGGCCUCGGGGUCGUCGCUAUGCAUUGGGAGGAGGACGAACUCAAGAAGCUCAAGAGCGCGCAGCUCGCCACCAAGAAGAAGGAGGGUCGCAUGGUCAACGUUGUCAUGAACAGGAGCGUCAGCAGUAUCAGCUCGGCAGAGAGCGAGCUAGAGGGCCGGGACGAGACGUGGGAGUCUGGAAAGAAGAGCAAGCGGGAGGCUGCUUUUGCCGCGGUGGAGGAUCCGUCCACCCUGAAGAAGGCUCUCAAGGAAGCGUUGCCUAAAAGUCACGGCGAGCCGUCCACGUCGAGUGCGGCCGCCUAA